AUGGAGUGGAUCCCUACACUCGCGUGCGCUACAGGCGCAUCCCUGGCGUACCUGACGCUCCCUCGGUCCGGCCCGACCUCGGCAGGCUCUGUCCUCCCGCUGCUUGCCCUCGCCACUACGGCUGCCGUCACCGCCAUCCAUGCUCAUGCUGUGGAGCUGACCACCGUUCCCAACCUGGCUCUGGCUCUCCGUGCUGAUCCUGGCUACUCUCUCGCUUCUCUGCUGGCUAUCUGGGCAUUUGUCUUUGCUGUGGCUGGCGCUCCGCUCGCCGCCAUCACCACCUCGGCCAAGCCUGCUGCCCUGCUGGCUCAGAUCCCGCUGGCCCUGGCCACUGCUGCUCGCGAUGUCAUGGCCGUGGCUGCGGGUAGCACCACCCUUGUCUGGGCCCCGCACGUUCUCGGCGCUGCCAUUGCUGCCUUUGCAGGCCGCUCGCCUGCCGGCGCCUGGGCUCACAUGGCCUGGCUGGCUCUGGCCCAGCUCUGGCUGCUCGGCUGCGGCUGCGGCGCCGACGCGGUGAGCUCGGUUUCGCUCGACGCGUCGAACCGCGAUGCAUUUGCUAUCCUUGUUCUCCUCGGUGCUGCCAUGAUUGUGCUCCGCCUGCGGCUCCACGUCGACGACGAUGAGAUCACGGCCGUCCAGAAGCUUGCCGAGAUGGGCUCGGCCGAGGCGUACCUGGACGAGGCAACUGCCAAGCUCACGUACAACGAAGCACUGUUUCAGGUCGUGGCACCGGCGUACGACUUUAUCACCAAGGCGCUGUCGUUUGGGCAGGACGCCUCGUGGAAGAAGGCGCUCAUUUCCGAUGUGUCAGCGGCAGUCGCAGAGCUCGCGGAGCGCGACGAGGGCGACGAGGUUCUCCGCGUCGUCGACGUUGCGUGCGGGACCGGCGACGUGACGUUUGCGCUGGCCAAGGCGUUUCCGGGCGCCGACGUGGUGGGGACUGACCUCUCGGGCCGUAUGCUCGAUCUGGCGGCCGAGCGCGCCGACGGUGAGGAUCUCGACAACGUGUACUUUGUGCAGUCGGACAUGUGCCACAUGCCGUUUGAGGACGGCGCAGUCGAUCUCGUGACCGGCUCGUACGCACUCCGCAACGCACCGUCUAUCAUGGAGGCGCUGGAGGAGACCAACCGUGUGCUGCGCGUCGGCGGCGUGGCGGCGUGGCUCGACUUUUGCAAGCCCGACUUUGCUCCGCUCGCCUGGGCCUACUACUACCUCCUCCUGCUCUGGGGCGGCCUCUGGGGCGUCCUGGUUCAUGGCUCGCCGGAUGUCUACGGCUACAUCGCCCGCUCGCUCGAUGCGUACCCGACCGAGACGGAGCUCGCUGUCAUGCUCGAGUUUACCGGCUACCAGGUCAUCUCGUCCAAGCGCUACUUCUUUGGCUUUAUCGCUGUCAACAUUGUGCAGAAGCUAGUCGACGGCGACCUGCUCAACCUGGUUGAUGCCGAUACCGAUGACGAGCUCGACGUCGCCCGCUCGACGUCGGACGACGAGGACGACGGAGCCGCCGACGACGAGGAGUACUCGGACGAGGACGGCGACGUGGUUCUGCGCGAGUAA